CUAAUUAACCUUUAUUUGCAUAUCUGCAAACAUGGUAACUCCUUUCACGUUAUGCAUGUGUAACAACAUUCCUCUCCCCACCAAAAGAAGCCCUGACCUCAAGGCUAAUAUAUCUAAAAAGACGACAAGGAUAAAAUGGGCAUCAAUACAAAAGGGCUUCUGGAAGAGCAUCCAGUGCCUCAAAAAGAAAGAGCACUGUGGCAUGUGCAUUAAGUCGAGGCUUACAUGCACGGGGAAAACUUACUUACAUUUUAGAUGGAGAUAAUGUCCGGCAUGGUCUGAAUAGGGAUCUUAGUUUUGGAGCAAAGGAUCGAACAGAAAACAUUAGACGGGUCGGCGAGGUGGCAAAGCUUUUUUCAGAUGCUGGAGUCAUUUGCAUUGUCAGUUUGGUAUCUCCAUAUAGAAAGGAGCGGGAUUUUUGUCGUUCUUUACUUUUAGAAGGAGAUUUCAUUGAGGUGUUUAUGGAUGUUCCUUUGCACGUUUGCGAGGCAAGAGACCCCAAGGGACUGUACAAACUUGCCCGCGCAGGUUUUACUGGGAUUGAUGAUCCAUAUGAGCCACCUAUGAGUCCUGAGAUAGUGCUUCGCCUCGAUCAAGGAUGUAAUGAUUCACCCAGUGCAAUGGCUGAGAUUGUGAUCUCUUACCUGGAGGAAAAGGGGUACCUUGAACCAUAGCCACCUCCUCACAUCCUAGUCCAUUUGUCUCCGAAAUGCAGGAAAUAUAGGGAUUUAGUCGAUGACUGCAGAUUUGGCCUAUUCUGUCCAUCCGUAAUUAGAGAGGGACGACAAGGAAGAAACAAAUGGCACAUGAUCAU